AAAACGCGUAACAUUAGAGUCGUAUUAGCAUCCGAUACUACGAAUAACAAAUCCGAUAUAAACCAAGUGUUUCCGUAUUGCGUGGUAUUCUGAAUUUCUCUCCACUUGUGGAACGUUGAUCAGUUUUUAUCUUUUAACUAGAGUUUUAAAUUAAGUUUUAAUCAUGAUCAAGUUUGUGUUUGUGCUUUUUGCCUUCGCAAUACUAGCUGAAGGUCUGCCAGCUUUUCCAAGAGAUUUGGCAGAAGCUGCGAGAAUCGAGAACUGGGAGCAAUUUCAAAAACUAUUGGGGCUGAGCUCGCUUGGUGUUAACUGGCCGCCAGCUUUGGCAGGCAGCGUGGAGUCUUUGAGGCCCAGCGAAGGGGCUCAUGUCUACGGUCAUUCCGUCUCCGCGUACAAAAACUGGAGCAAUGACAACGGGAACAUAUCCGAAGACGGCAAGGGUAUCGAGAUCGAAAACAAUGAUGGCCUGGUUUCUAAACGCAUCUUCAGACCUUAACAGCUUAACUUAUUAGUUAUCAGUUAUUACCAUCUUACUUCACGCGAGAGACUUUUGUGACCUUGGGAUGUUGCUUCAAGGUAGCCAUACUUUAACAGUAAAACCUCGCAAAACGGAGCGUAUUUGUAAAGGGCUUCCGAGACGACCAAGCGAGCGUCUCAAGCUAUUGAACAAGUCAAGCAAAACAAAAAAUAAAUCACGUGCUUGCCAUCAAGCUACUUGACCGUUUCGAAGCCCUUUACCACGAGUUUGCACAUGGCGUUCCAAAAUGGAUGGUUUGCACCAAAAUCAUUAAACAUGAAUGUUUGACAGGACGAAUCUUAUAACUUGUUUUUAACCCCCGACCGAAAAAAGGGGUGUUAUAAGUUUGACGUGUGUAUCUGAGUAUCUGUUUGUAACAUCGUAGCACCUAAACUAAUG